AUGGAAUUUGAACCAGCACCUGUUGUGUUCGUGCCUUCAAAAGCUCGAAAAGGUCACGACAUUGCCAUUUAUAUUCAUCCUGAGCAGCGGAAUCUUUGCUACGAAUGGUAUUAUCAAAGGACGUUAUCGAACGGAAUAACGAAGCUGUUCACGUGCAGUGGUUGCAAAGCGUUGAAAGAUUUGAAUAAAUCGAUCUAUACUCAACCAUUACCGUCCUGCAAAAUAGCGAACAACAAUUUCAUCACCGAUCCAUUACAACCUCGCCGACCUCAUUUUUGUCAACCAAAAAGUAUCCCGAAAGCAAUGGCGAAGCGAUUAGUGAUUGAACGAUGUAAGGAAAUACGAUCCAACGAAAUCAACGGUCAACGACAACCAUCGAUAGAAAUAGCGGAAAUUAUGGAUAGAUUAGCUUCAAAUCGUUUCGAGGUUUUUACUCCUGAACAAAAGGAAGAAAUGGUUGCACAUAUAGCGAAUCCUAUGAAGAGAAGCAGAGAUAACGCUAGACAUGCUAUAUCUAAGGCUAAGCAAGCAGCAAGGAAUACUGUGGAGCAUCCGGAACUAAUAAUGAAGAAUAACGGGACGGAUCAAUCAAAAGCUGCUGCUAUCCGUGAAACGUUCCAAAAAACGUUCGGAAAAUCUGCUCAAGAAACUAACGAGAACGACCAGUCGAAAGAUAACGUGCAUCGUGCUAUUCUUCAAGCGAAUGGUUUUCGCUAUGCCGUCGUCGAUAUUGAUGCGAAUACAGGUGACGAAUUAUACGAUUUGCUGGUUGACAAUGGCUUUAAUAACUUCGUGUUCUUGAACAAUCUCUCAGACCAUCCACAAUUUAGUAUGCAGGAAUCUACAAAGAAGGAGGCACAACCACAAUCAAAAAUGGAGCCGCCUUCUCCGAUGCCUUAUGCGCAUUUGCAAUCUGCAUCAGAACGAUGUCAGUCACCGUUAUUCGAGAUUCCAAAAGAAGAAGAGGUCGAUAAGGAACCGUUUUUUGAGGGAGUUUCCGCGACCGAUCUAUUAGGUGAUGGUGCUCAAGGAUCGCAAGAACAGCCAGAUUUUUCGACUGAGUUUAUUACUCUGAGUGAUUCUGAUUCUCCUAGCCCAUGUUUAGCAAAGAAGCAAGCGAUCGAGAAGUGCGAUGCAAACACAUCAAAUGCGAGUACCACAGACGAUUCAGACACGGAGUAUGUUGCUAUUGAGCAAGUGAACAAGCCUAAAUCAAAGGUUGCACCAACGGGGAAUAGCGUCACAUGUUUGCUUUGUAAACAUGUAAUAAUGGUGUCGAGAUUCACAAAUCUGACGAACCAUGCUCGUAGACAUGCCGUAGUCAAAAAGUAUCGUUGCUCUCAAUGUGUUUUCCAACAUAAUGAACACGCAAGAAUUCGUACCCAUAUGACAAGUGUGCAUCGAGAUGCCACAACUGGUGUAAUAGACAAUAGUACUCCUGAAAACGUUAAACUAUGGAAUUAUUUAGUACAGAAAUGUUUUCCACACUAUUUAGCGGAUUCUAAGAAGAAAAAAGCUGAUGAGGAUGAUCAUAAAGCUGCUAGUGCUGAGAAAAAAUACAAAUGUGCAGAGUGCGGUGAAGAGUUCAUGGGUCCAGAAUCUGUGGCUGAGGAUGGGUCUGCACUGCUAACUCUCAUUGGGAACCAUUUGAAGACAUCGCACAAUGUUGAAUGCAUGGAGGCUGUGUGUCUAAUUUGCGGUUAUGAGCAUGCCGACCAGUGGAAUGUUCGUUGGCACUUAUCAGUGCGACACUCGGAUGUUUCACCAGAGAAAAAUUUCGUCGUAUUGCCAAAAUCAAACUAUCGUGCGCUGGUCGCAAAAUUUUUCCCAUCGGCUACAGGAUUCCUUGAUGGGAAAAUAAAUCUACAUACGGGUGGGGCUCGACCGUUUUCUAAUCAUGAGAUGUCACCUAGAGAAGGAUCUACUCAAUUAAGCGAUACGGAGCUGUCCGAUAUUGAACAAGAUGAAAGUUUAUCCUGCACGUCGCUGCCAUGUCGACUCUGUAAUAUAUUCUUCGAUCUCGAUGACUUACCGAGUAUUGCACUGCACGCGAAAGCACACUACAUAAUAAAGCAAUACGAGUGUGAGCGGUGUGCAUUUGCCAGCAACAACAGAUCCGCACUGGUUCAACACAUCAAUUUCAAGCAUAUGGGACCAGUCAGGAUACUGGAACGCGAGAAUGAAAACAUGCGGAAAGCGUGGACUCAGGUGGUGCGGACUUGUUUCCCGGGUAUAGCUACGAAAUUGAAGAACAAACGGGAAUGUGGAUUACCACCUGUAACAGAGUCCAAGAAAUCACGUGCUACUGCUACGAAUAGCUGA